CCACUCCAUCAAGAUGGCUCCGCCGUCUCGGGUCCGAGUGGCACUUCUGGUGUCAUUCUCGGUGUUCCUCACCGUCGUGUUGGGCUUCGGACUUCCAACCCUCUUAAACGCCGGCAUUAGGAUCUUGGGGUUACAAGAAACGAGCGUGACGGAGUGUAUAGUUGUCCUGUACUUAGUUUUUGUGCUGUACAUCGCGACGCCUCGAAUUCCAAGAGGACAAGUGCAGGUGAGAGGAAAAGCCGUAUUGAUCACAGGUUGUGACCGUGGUUUUGGUCAUGAACUGGCCAAACAUAUGCACAAAGUUGGAUUUAAAGUCUUCGCUGGAUGCCUGUUAAAGGCUGAAAAGGGUGAAGGUGCGAAGAAGCUGGAGGAAUUGUGCUCUGAUCGCAUGAAGGUUCUGCAGCUGGACGUCUGCAGUCAAGAGCAGGUGGACCGGGCAGUGGAGUACAUCCAGGACAACCUGGAGAACUCAGGUCUGUGGGCGGUCAUAAAUAACGCCUCCUUGUCCACAUUCGGGGAGGUGGAGUUCACCUCGAUGGACACCUACAAGCAAGUGUCGGAGGUCAACCUGUGGGGCACCAUCAGGGUCACCAACGCUGUUCUGCCCCUGAUCCGCAGGGCUAGAGGUCGGGUGGUGAACCUCGCCAGCGUGUACGGCAGGAUGGGAAACGCCAUGAGGUCGUCUUACUGUGUGUCUAAAUACGGCGUUGAAGCCUUCUCUGAUUGCCUUCGCCAUGAGAUGAAGAACUGGGGAGUUAAAGUGUCCAUUGUUGAACUGGGUUACUUCAAAGUGAGCCGGGAAACUUUGGCCAGCACGAGCACCAGACUGUGGAGCGAGGCCACCGCCGGUGUGAAGGAGGACUACGGGAUGGCACACUUUGAGCAGCAGAUGGCGUUGAUGCGUUCCCAGUGCAGCAGCGGCAGCGGACAGAUGGACGUGGCCUCGGUUCUGGAGGACAUUACUGACGCGGUGGUCUCCAAACAUCCCUACACCAGAUACACCCCCUGUGAGCCACACUGCUGGAUCCGCGUGCAGCUGACGACUCACCUCCCCGCUGCUGUCACUGACUUCUUCUACUCGUAGAGUUGUUUGUCUUUUAGCUCUCAAAUUACAGCCGACGUAUUCCUCAACUUUGAAGUGCAACUUGAUGUAUUCCUUAACACUUGAAAUCAACCCUUACUUUGCCUUAAUGAGUCUUUUCAUCCGAGCUGUUGCCGAUAAGAACUGUAGUGCUGAUUUCCAAUCGAGUUGAAAUUCUAUUCUAGCAUCAGCGAAAUAAUGGUGACCAGAGGUCACGAGUUUGACCUCUCUUAAGAAUUACAUUAUCUGUGGAAAAGCCUGUGUUUAACAUUGCGUCUUUCACUGCAUAAUAUCCCUUCUGACCCAAUACACAUGUAGACAUUGCAUCGACACUAAAUCUGACUGAUAAUCCAAGUAAUGUGUUGCCUCGGAGGUUACACCAAUACUUUGGGCACAGCCCCAAACUCCCAAUGUAACAAAGAGAGCCGUGGUGAAAAAGACCCUUAGUUCACUAAGUUUUAGAAUUGGUUGUGAAAAUGAAUUCACAGGUUAGACUUCCAUUUCUGGUGUGUGAGUACUGAUACUGAUAAUGGACAGUUUCUGUCAGUGAGACUGUCAGUGUGUGGUCAUGUGUACGUUCGCACAAACUCACUUUCUCUGAUUUUGUACAGCACUCGUGUAAACCAACAGAGCAUUUGUAUAUUUUUAACAUGUAAUGUUCAGCGUCAGUUUCAAGAAUUCUUUCAAAUAAAAUGUGGUGC